ACCUCAUUUGAUUGAAUGUUUUUAUGACUUAUUUUCAAAUUGAAUGAUUUUCUUUAUAAAACAUUAGUGCUUAGAAAUAUUUAGUUUUUAUUUUCUCCCAGAUGUAUCACAAAAAAUGGAGACAACAAAAUGCACAAUUACGCGCAUUGGUGGAGUCUAGUCCCUCAGAUGAGAAUCCAGGUCCCUCAGAUGAGAAUCCAGGCCCCUCAGAUGAGAAUCCAGGUCCAUCAGAUGAGAAUCCAGGUCCAUCAGAUGAGAAUCCAGGCCCCUCAGAUGAGAAUCGAGGUCCAUCAGAUGAGAAUCCAGGCCCCUCAGAUGAGAAUCCAGGCCCCUCAGAUGAGAAUCCAGGUCCCUCAGAUGAGAAUCCAGGUCCCUCAGAUGAGAAUCCAGGCCCCUCUUUUGAUGAUAGCCCAACAGACAUGCAGACACAGGAGCAGUCUGAUACAGGAGAAGACGAGUAUCGAGAUGAUCACCACCAGCCAGACAGUAAUGGUGAAAGUGAUUAA